CAACACUACAAAUCUAUUACAUUUAUUGAGUAACCAUGGCUGCUAACAACAACAACACAGCAGCUAACCCCUCUACACUCCUUCCACUGGAGCUGGUUGAUAAGUGUAUUGGAAGCAGAAUGCAUAUGACAAUGAAUAACGACAGAGAGAUUGUGGGCGUACUGUUAGGGUUUGAUGAUUUUGUAAACAUGGUAUUGGAGGACGUUACAGAGUACGAGAACACCCCAGAGGGAAGAAGAGUAACUAAACUAGACCAGAUUCUCCUUUCAGGUAAAAACAUUACGAUGAUGGUGCCUGGAGGUGAGGGACCUGUUGGUCAAUAGCGUGAUGACGUCACGACCCCUUGAUGACGUCACGAUCCCCUGAUACCGUGACAGUUACAGAUGCUACAGUGAAAACGAAGCUUUAUCCAUCCCAUCUUCUUACGAACUUCUUUAUAUUUGUUUACGGUUGAAUUUUAAACUGAAUCCUAACGUUGUACAGAAGUUUCUGGAAUCAGACUCAAGAACAUGGUGUUCAUCAUGUUCUCCUUCUUUAAAGUUUCUUCUUUUAAAUCUGAUGAAGUUUUUUCUUAUUUUAAAUCUCAUAAAAUACACUCAUAUUAUCACGAUAGUGAUUAUACUCUAAUCAAUAAUCAUCCUCUAAUAUUACGAAGUGUGGUUUUCUUUGUCAAGGUAGUGUGGUCUUGAUCGUAAUUUUUUUGAAAAGAGACUUGAAGUAUUUUGAAUUGUUCCUUGGGUCGGCUCUUUUUAAGCCGUGGUUUUGAACUUGACGAGAUUGAAUGAUGUUAUUUGUUAGACUGCAUAUCGUAUGUGCGUAUUACUAUUAUUUAUUACCGUUUUAUGACAACUAAUGUGA